GCAGCCGACCUGCGAGGUCUUCGAGGCCCACCUCCAGUCCCUCACCAAGGCCCUGGACCUGCAGCUGGACCUGGUGCGCGGCGCCCUCGACUUGCGCCCGGCUUCCGCGUCUGUGGACCUCAAGGUGGCGGAGGGGGCGAUCCGUAACUUCAGCGCCGCAAUCGGCGACCUCCGAUCCGACCUGGUCUUCGCCACCGCAGCGGCAAGCGGCGGAUGGCCUCCACGGUGA